CCGGCGGCGUUUGGCCGGUGCACGGCGGCGGCGGGAGGCGGGAGCUUUGCAAAAGGCGGCGGGAGCGGCUCCGGGCACCGCAAUGUCAGUUAAGAGAGCAUUAAAGUUGGACACCGUUAAAAAAGAUGAUCCAUCUGAUGCAACACCUUUGAAGACCAGAAAGGAAAAUCUAAACUCUUAUUCACCGACAACAGGGACACGCGAAAUGAGUCCAUUUUCACCUCCUACGAGUCGUAAUGCACAAAAUCUCAGAAAUCAUCCAUCAAAUGGAGAUGGAGCUAAGAACGAUUCAGAAAGCGGAUUAUCCAGAAGAGGGCAGCCUCAAACAGAGGAGGAUGCGUUCAUGGAAUUGCAGUCCAAAGUGAAAAGAUCGUUGGUUAGCAUUCUGAAAAUAAGAGCAAACCUGAGAAGCCUACAGGCUUUAGAGGGCAGUAGAGAGCUUGAAAAUAUUAUUGGUGUCUCUGACUCGUCUUGCAUCUUGAGUGCUGAAGUGCAGAAAACCCAAGCGCUAAUGAGUCAGGCAGAAGAACUGCAGCUGUUGAAAAGAAACGAUGGAAAACUUCCUGCCCGAGUGUACGUUCAGACCGGCGGGAGCUCUGCGUUCCUGAAGUCGCUCCUUGACUGAGAUUAAAACUACAGCAUUCCCUUAAAACAUCUUCCGCUGUUACUGCAGUUGAAGGGAGCCCGCCUGGUGCUCUGCAUCGCCUCAGGACGUAUUUUUUUUGCGCAGCGAGACUAGUGCGGGACAUGGGACAGACACACGGUUCUAACCAGAUCACAUGAAUGAUGAUGCUGUUGUCUAAUUGCUAUUUAUUUUAGUCAUUCCUUAUCUCCACGCAGGCAUUAUGUGAAAAAUGCAUUCCACAUCAACCCAAAGUUCUACAUCUGCUGGAGUGUACUUAAAAGGAGAGAAGAAAUGACUGUAAACCUAUCUCCCCAGCAAAUACCAGUUUGGGAGGGCUCGUUGUGCUAGGCAGGUGCACAUCUAGAUAAAAUUUCUGGCAUCUAUUUAAACUUAACAAUGUGCACAACCAGAUCAUCUCAAUGCAAAUAAUACAUCACGGGCGCUUUGUGCAAGCGUGUCUACAAAAUGCUGAUUUAGGUUUGCUGCUGCAUGGAAAAUAAACUGUAUUUUCUGUAUGUUCUUACUGCAAAUAUGUAAUUAUGCUGCCUUGGGGCAGGGGGGGGGAGUGUUGCUGUUUUGUUUUGUUUUGCUUUUAAAAAAAAAGGCAAUAUAACCCUCCCUUCAAGAACUGGGUGAGAAGAAACUCUGCUAAAAGAUGAGCUUUGGCGGCCAGGCCCCCAGUGGGAAAUGGCUGUGUCCUGCCGGGGGUUGCACACGCUCAUUUCAUCAAUUCAGCAUCCCCCCAAAAGCUGGCAAAGCGCGAUUUAAACAAAUGCACAGAGUUUUGUGACAGCCUGCCUAAAAACUUCUUACUUUUUCUAAAGACGAUUGGGCUCAAAAGAGAGAGGAAGCUCUUACUGUGCAAGGAAUUGCUGAGUGCUGGGCACGUGUAAGUUGUUGACAAACAACCCUCUCCCUGCCUGUGGCUGCCACCGUUGGGGACAUUUGGCACCUGCAAAGGUGUUUCCUCUAAAGUCACCCCAAGACACGCUCCAUAAAGGCAUCGGUUUCAAGCGUUAAUGUACACGGCUCUAAUAACAUUUGCUUUUUAGGUCAACAGUUUAGUUCAGUUUUGCUAGUCAAUGAUACACGGGGCAAGCUGUUAGAAAACAGUUUUUCCUCUUGUUCGUUAUCCUCAAAACCACCUCAAAUACGCUCAUCUCAAACCAGCGCGGGAGCUGCAGCCUCGCUCAGGGUGAAAAAGUGCUGUAAAAUGAUGUUAUUUUUUUUCUAGAAAGUCCAACAUAAACGCACACAACUGAAGGGCCUUUCUACCACUGCAAAGCACUCGAACAGAUGAACUGAUUCGUACAACUAAACUUCUGAGAACUGAAAUGAUAAAUGUAUUCCCGGUUGUGGUUAAACAUGUAUACGCUCAAACUUGGGGAGUUAUUAAUUAAUAAACAUGCUUUUCCACUUUAAUACCUGUAUGGUCUGAUUGCAAAAAGCGUUAGUAAGUGUUUGAAGGUAAUUUAAUUUCUACACCGUUCUCCUUGAAGCUUUCUGUGCUGUUGGGUGGUGGUUGUUUGUACGGGCUUUGGCAGCCGAUUGCUCUGUACGAUCAGGGAGGGUUCGCCUGCACCGGGAAUAGUUUACAGAACCUGACUGGAACCUCGGGAGCUGGAAAUUAAAUAAUUAUUGAUCUGAAAAGCGGCUGUAGCCGAACUGUACGCCAGGCUAAAUCAAGCUGUUCUGCAUAGCCUUACAAGAAUAAAAUAAAACUUGUAAUGAAAAUAACAGCAAAGGUGAUGAUGGACGACAAGAAGUUACAGCGCUAACUUACACCACGGCAAUCAUUAAAUACCAUGAAAUUUGGUAUUUAAUAAUUUUUUAGGGAAAUACAGAGUUAUAUAGUGAGCUGCUGCUGCAAACGCUCCUCACGCAUGCCUUAGCUAUUUAGGCAGUUACUGUUUCUUUGACCUCUUGGUGUACCGGGCUUUUGCCUUUCAGAAACAGCUGGCUCUGUUAAGAACCAUUUCCAGUUCCCCACAAGGUGGAUCGUAUGACUCUCACUUUAUC